AUGAGCCAGCCGAACGAACAACUCAGAUUCAACACAAACAACAGCUUCUCAACCAGAAACAAGGCAUCACUCUCAAUCUCAACCCAACAACAACAACAACAACAACAAAACCAUCACCAUUCUACUAGCUCACCAUCAACUCCACCCUCACCCUCAUCACCCUCUUCAAACUCAUCCAGAUACCAACCAGCCCACUCAAACCCAAUCGACCACAACCCAUUCUCAGCCUCUCAACCAACACUCAACCAUCCAACCCAGCCCUCAUCUAGCCAUGAGCAACCACACCCAAUCACCCAAUCCACCUCACCAUCCGCACCAGAACAUCCUCACCAUCAACACCAAACCCUUAUAAGCUUCCAAUCCUCCUCUUCCACUCUCAUCAACAACCACUCCUCAUCAUCCGAUCACAACCAAGCCUCAUCCAGCUCCGUAGGCCCAAACGUCGCUGGGAGGAUCGGCGUCGGCGGAAAUGUGAUGGUCGACCCUUACAAUCCUACUUCCUUAUCUCACAAGGGUGGCGUCGGAGCAGGCGCAUUUGUCUACAAGGUUUACAACAUGCUACUUGAUCCAUCAUUCCAACAUCUGAUCUCCUUUAAUCCCAAUGGACAAUCCUUCACCGUCAGUAAUGUCCAAGACUUUAGUAAGACCGUCUUACCCAAACAUUUCAAACACAAUAAUUUCUCAAGCUUUGUUCGUCAACUUAACAUGUACGGCUUUCACAAGGUCAACAAAACCCCUCGAGGUCAACGAGGAAACGAUAACUCGGCUGCUUGGGAAUUCGUUCAUCCUAAAUUCCAUCGAGGACGACCUGAUCUACUGGAACAGAUUCGGAGAAAAACCCUAGAUAGCGAGUCUGGCUCUCAAUCUUCUCGUACUAAAGAUCCAGCUCUCACCAAUCAAUCUCAGCCUUCACCCACCACCCAGAGCGAACCAAGUCCGACUGUCAAUCAGAGCUCUCCCCGGCAGCUCCUGGGGCUACCUUUCAACGUUCCUGAUAUCUUGAACACUCCGCUACCGUCCAACGCUCUAUUCGAGACUGGGCCCAAUCCGACGAUCGGCCCUAAUACCGACCACUCGCUCAAUGAACAUCAGUCUUCACGACAGUAUAAUCAUUCAUUUUCACACUCUCCUUACCCAGUCGACCCCCCUUCGUCUAGUCACUCACAGAUCUCAUCCGCCCCAAUCACCCCAUUGAGUGCCGUUCCCCCUCCAUCAUCCCCGAUGGACAUGAGUCUAGAUCCCAAGACGUUCGCAAACGAUCCACUCGAAACUCUCACUGAACUUAAAACCCAGCUAUCUGGUCGCUUCCAAGGGAUCAAUGCUAGUUAUGAAGCACUCUAUCAAGAGCUUCACGAAACUCGUCGCCGUCAGGGAGUAUUGAUCGACCUGGUUGAGAAAAUGCAUAAAACCUUACAAAACACCCCCAAUACCAAUGUUGGAUACGAAUUUCCCUCGCGCGAAUUGCUUUGGGGAUCUGCAGCAGAGACCACGCCAGUCUUCAAGAUCACUGAGCAUGACUAUCCAGGCCAUCAUCCGAUGAUCUAUGAGGAUAUCAACUCGCAGCAACACAGCUCAGUCUCUGUCGGAACCUCACCCUCGGUAUCGGAAUUCAGUCAUACCGCCCAAACUUCGCCUUGUGAUAGUGCCUACCGCUCCUUGUCCGUCGGUCCUGGCGGUUUCGGAGGUUUCAGGAACUUGACCUUGGCUAGUUAUCCGAAUAGUCCGGUGGGUGGAUUGAUGAAUGAUCAGCAGCAACAAGCAGCGGGUAGCAACCGUACAGCACCAAGUAGCCCGCCAAGUACGAUCAUCAUGCCCUCCCGAUCGGUUUCCGUCCAGCAGCAGGGCCAACAAGGCGGCUCAGGUCUACUGGAUGAAGCUUCGAAUCGAUUCUUGAUUCCCAGUAUCAGUCCGAGCCACCAUGCACAGCAGGCUCUCGGUGGGAGCAAUAACGGCCUGAACUCAGUCCCCGUGUCUCCCCGCGACGCACUAUCUACGGCCUUGAAGACCCCGCUCCCACCCUCGCCGUCGCCAUUCAAACAGAUCGGAUGCUCGGGGACUGCAGGCCCGGGGGAGAUGAUCUCGAAGCAGCAAACCGACGAGUACCGACACGCCUUCGACAGCUUCAUCCAUAACCACCACCAUCAGCAUCACCCUACCCUAUCAAUCAUCGCACCCGACCCGCUGGAUGAUCGUGUGGGCUCCUUUACCGCACCCCCGACGAUCGACCAGUCUCACAUCUCCAUCAAGUCCGAGGAGUGUGGCACCGCCAGCAAACCUGGGACGGCUACUGGAGGGCCCGGCUCAUUCGACGGCCUCAUACCGGGCCCAACCUCAGACUCGCUUAUCUUUGCCUCCGACACUCCACCCCCAUCGGCGCUCGUCCACCCUCACCAUUCCCACCCCCACCACCCUCACCAUCGACAGACACCUUCACAUGGCCACCAUCUCCUCCAACCUUCCGAUGAGAACUCGAUCGCCGUCUGUCUGGCCUCGACCCCCGACUCUUCCACCUCCACCUCCAACCACCACCAUCAAAACCAUCAUCAUCUUCUCCAAGACUCAAGAGUCAUCAUCCCCUCCCUUAAUAACCCACCAUCUGAUCCUUCUUCCUCUUCUGUAGUCCCAAAUAGCUUUAAGGGUAAGAAACGCCCCGCUUCUGGGUCGAUGGAUCUUUCGAAUCCUGCUAUCCAUCAUCCUAAUCAUCUUAAUCAUCUUCAUCAUCUUAAUCAUCAUGCUCAUUCUCAUUCUCAUCAUCAUCUUAAUCUGAGGAAUUAA